AAUUUUAGAACUAAAUGUGAAAACAAAGUUCACAAGACAGCUCAAAUUUGUGCGCAAAAUUUAUUAUUGGAAAAUUCCUAAACAUUUGAUUUCCUCAACGUUUUUGUGCAUAUUAUUUUCAUUAUAAACAAAAAACUUCAGAUGGCAGAAGAAAAUUUACUGCACAAUAUGGAAGUUGAUGUUGGCUCCGGGCUCGAAGAACUAAUAAAAGCGGCAGAAGAAGAGUCUCUUAAAAUUUAUCACAAAGAAAAGGCAUCAUACAUCACUCCACCGGCCGCCGAUACCACAUUCAUAACCGAUAUUCUUGGAGAAAUCUUUUACAGCCCCUUCAAUCUCCUCCUGCUAGCAAUAAUAUGCUUUCUGGUCUACAAAAUAGUAAGAGAUCGUACCGAAGUGCCUACUGUAGGCUCGCAAAAGCCGAUCGAGCCACACUUGCCUAAAAUUAGGCGCGACUUUACUAUACAGGAGCUGAGGCACUACGAUGGCAAUCAGCCAGAUGGUCGUGUUCUAUUGGCUGUCAAUGGAAAUGUAUUCGAUGUUAGCAAAGGAAGACGUUUUUAUGGCCCAGGUGGGCCCUAUGCCACAUUCGCUGGACGAGAUGCAUCACGUAAUCUGGCAACAUUUAGUGUCCAAGCCAAUGACAAGGAUGACUAUGAUGACCUAAGCGAUCUUAGUGCAGUAGAAAUGGAUUCAGUGCGGGAGUGGGAAAUGCAAUUUACAGAGAAAUACGAUUUGGUUGGCAAGCUGUUACGAAAGGGGGAACAGCCUACCAAUUAUGAUGACGAUGAAGAAGAUGAGAACAUUGGCAACAAUGAGGAAAUCUCCUGUUUAGCAAAAGAGCCGGAGGCCAAUGCCAACAUCCAGAGUGAUGGCUUGCGCGAGCGUCAACCGAACACAACUGCAACGAUGUCUGAAUCAAAUAAUCUGCAAACAGAAAGGGAUUUAGAAACUUCCAAUGAAAACCUAGUAGCAGGCAGCCACAUUUCCUUAAGCACAAUGUCCAACAGCCACAUUGCGCGCGACUCGACCGAUUGUUAGUAGAAUGUGCGAUUCGGGAGCUUCUUCAACAAAGAACCAACAAGAAAGAAAACACAUUGAGUUAAUAUCCCAGAGAGAAAGAAAACACAAGAAUAUAAUUAAGCAUUCAGCAUUAACACAAACUCAAAAGGAACCGAAGCAAAAAGGGAACGAGCGUAAAAACACUAAUGCAAACUAAAAUUAAUAUGUGCUAAAAACAAAAACUAAAAAUGAAGCAAAUUACCAUUGAACGCAGCCAAAUUGGUGUAAAUGUUGGAUCAUGAAAUCAUUAAAAAAAUGAAUUAAGUCGGCGAGACUUCGGUAUACCAUAACCAAGUGACAAAAUUAUGUUUAAUUUCCAAGACCAAAUAUAUGUAUUGAAUUCGUUUUACAUGCCCCAUAGCGAUAUGCUAUCUCGCUCACUCUAGCGUCGCCACUAGCCUGCCACCUCCGCUUUUAAUAUACCGCCUAGUAAAUCACGUUUAUACGUAUGUUUUGGAUGACUCUAAUUCGAUUUGAACGAAAUUUAGUAGGUUAGACGAAAUUAUACUAAUUUGUGUGCUUAAUUUGAUUACGAUAGUCAAAAAAUUGCAAGGGCCAAUAGGUUUUUUCUAAAUUAUGCAGGUGGAAUUGGGCGUGGCAAAAAUUUUAAACAAUCAAAAUUUGCGUGCAUAAUAUAGUCUUUGAGAAAAUCGGUUUUAUCUAAUAAACGGUGGUGGAAAUGGGCGUGGCAAAAAUUUAAAAUAGACACGAUCCCAGUACAUACUAUACGAGACUACAUACCAAAUUCGGUGGUUUUAUAGUCUCCGAGAUCUAGGUGUUCAUACGGACGGACAGACAGACAAGGCUAGAUCGACUCGAUUGUUGAUGUUGAUCAAGAAAGUUUAUUCUCUAGGUGGUCGGGAAAGCUUCAUUUUGCCUGUUAGAUACCUUUUGGCGACUUGAAUAUACCAUUUCACCCUGUGGGCGCAUGGUAUACAAAUUGCCCCCAGUUCACCAUACUUUACAGCGUUAUCCAAUGGUACAGCUUCAGUUAUCUCACCCAUUCAUUCACGUUGUGAUUUUGUCUUAUAUAUUGUUUUAGUACGUACACACUAUAUUCAUUAUGAAUUAAAAAAAAUUUAAACGUU